GGCUCAAACUGAUGACGUAUCGAGGAAACGUCCACGUUGCCGUUGUGUUUAGUAGUGAUUGGUUGUGUUCAUUUCCUGUAGAGUAAUGGACGGUUAGGUGUUAUAAUUUAUUGUUUUCUUCUUCUGUGCAGUCUUCUAAGCUUGUAUUUUCUUGUAUAUCCCGGGAAAUCAGAGUCCUGGCUAGAAGACACGAGGCAAAAUUGAGGAGAAGGCGAGCUAGUCUUUUAGCUAGAUACUUUGGUGGUCCGUCAGUGGCUGCAGGGUGAUUAAUGGAAAAUGGAUUUUAUCUGUGAAAUUUUUCAAGCUUUGGUCGCAUUGGCAGCUCUAGGGUUGAUUGUGAUGCUUGUAAUAGCACAUGCCACUGCUGGGAUGGUGAACCUGACAUGCCACGAGAAGGAGAAAUAUUUCCUCACCACCACAGGAGAGAAGAAGCUCUUCCCCAGCCUGCAUGAUCCUCAUUCCAGGGAGCUCUCUGUUGUGAUCCCAGCCUACAACGAGGAGCACCGAAUGCCUGUGAUGUUGGAUGAGGCUAUGGAGUACUUGGAAAACAGACAGAAACAAAACCCAUCCUUUACCUAUGAGGUCAUUGUCGUUGACGAUGGCAGCAAAGACAAAACCACAGAGGUUGCUUUGCGAUAUACUAAGAAGUACGGUGCAGAUAAAGUCCGGGUCCUGACCCUGGUGAAGAACAGGGGGAAAGGAGGAGCUGUACGGAUGGGAACCCUAAGCUCCAGAGGGAGAGUUAUUCUCAUGGCAGAUGCUGAUGGAGCCACAAAGUUUUCUGACUUUGAGAAAGUGGAGGCUGGACUUAAUGACCUCAGCCCUAAACCGGAUAACAUGGCAAUUUCCUGUGGUUCCAGAGCUCACCUAGAGAAAGAGUCUGUAGCUCAGCGAUCUGUGUUUCGUACUUUCCUUAUGUAUGGCUUUCACUUCCUGGUGUGGUUCCUUUGUGUGAGAGGGAUCAGGGACACGCAGUGCGGCUUCAAGCUUUUCACACGUGAGGCUGCACUUAAGACUUUCUCUUCACUCCACGUAGAGCGAUGGGCAUUUGAUGUGGAGCUCCUGUAUAUUGCCCAGUGUUUUAAAAUCCCCAUAGCAGAGGUGGCGGUCAACUGGACUGAAAUAGAAGGGUCCAAACUGGUCCCGUUUUGGAGCUGGCUGCAGAUGGGACGAGACGUGGUUUUCAUUCGCCUGCGCUACAUCACUGGAGCCUGGAAACUGCAGUCACCACAAAAGACAGACUAGCCAAUCAGACAAGCCCUGGAAUCAUAGAGACAGCCUAUGGUAGGGCCACCAACUCCUAGGAUGAGGUGGGACAACAGCUGUGUCCAUCAUUCAAUCAACAACAAAGAACAAAGUUCACUAUAUCACAUCCUUUUUCAUUCCAGAUGUCAUUGGAUGUGAAGUAAUGACACAGUUGUGAGUACCUAAUAGUCCGGGCUUUUUUAUCGGCAUAUUAUGAAAGCCACUGUUAAACACACCCUUGUGGCUACAGCUGACAGUGUCUGUAUGACUGAUCCCUGUUCUAAGUUACAUAAUAUUGUUUUUGGUUUUUUUGGUUUUUGCCAAUGAUUGGUAAGGAAGAAAGACUUUUAGGAAAUGUGAUGAUUCUGUCAGGUUGAUUGCUUGUAUGCUGAUUUUCAAAGGGGGGGAGAGACUGAACUUUUGAGGCAACAUGGGUGUAGGCUGAUGGCCCGAAUGACCUGAACCAAAAUAAUUAAAAAGUCUGAUGUAA